UAACUACAUUUCCCACAAUCCCCUUGAAGCGCAGGAAUAUGACGUCACGAGAGCAAUCAUGGCGGAUUAGUGUGCAUGGGGUCCGCUAUCUGCCUUCCUCCUCGUCGACACCGAAGUGGUUAUUUCAGCAGGAAAGUCGCCCUUUCUGCUCCAGGUCAAAAUGUUCCGUCGGUCACGAUUUAGCGUUCGUCCAAAUGUCGGCGCCGUAGGGAGAACCACAGCGGCAUCUCAGGAUAGUCCUGCACCAAAACAGGACGGGACCCCAAAAGAGGCCAGCGAGGGAAGCUCUGUGCCUGACGAGUCAAACGCAGCCCCACCAGAAAAAGCCCCCGCUUCAGGGGACACCACUGAUCAGAAUGGUGAUGGCUCCAGCUCCUCAGCAGCCCUCCAAAGGAGGAAACGCUUCUCCAUCAAGCCCAAAGUUGCACCGGGUCGCCCCUCUGCUCCCCCUCGAACACCAAAGUCCCCCCUCAAAACUGCUUCUGGACCUCCCGGUGAAACCACUCCUUCUGAGAUAGAAAAACCAUCAACAUCCAGCCAAGCUGGGACCUCAGCAACCCCCAACAGACUCCAGUCCCCAAGGAGUCGAAGGCUCUCUGAAAACAGCAAACAGCACAAGCCCCAACCCAAACCCCAACCCCUUGAAACACCCCCUAUUUCUGUGGCUGAAGGCUCAAAGGAGCAAACUCCUCCGGCAGCAGACGGCAGCAAGAAACCAGAAAGCACUUCACGGAGUCACCUUAAAGAAGGUGCCACCAGACUGCCUGAUAAAGUUCCUCCCUCCAUUCCUGACAAGGCAGCCACAGAGAUCUCAGAGAAAGCCCGGGCUCUGGUGUCGUCCAAAACCGCCGGUUCACUCCCGCCGUCAGCACUUUACCUGAGCAGACUCCUGAACAGCCCCGUGGACGUGCAGCGGAUGAUGAAAGCACAGAAGCUCCGAGAGCUGCUCAGGCAGGAGAGGUGCAAAGAGACGCGCAUCAAGAGAGCUAAAGCUCGAUGUAAGGAGUUUGAUUUAGAUCCCACCAAAAUGACGAUGAGGGACCUGAUCCAUUAUCUUCCAACAUCCAACCCCAUGACAUCUGUUUUGGACGACUCGGCUGAAGAGAAUGAGACGGAGGUUCCUCCUUCGGUGGAAAGACAAGAGCUUCCAGAACGAGCUUGGGAACCUGCAGCUCCUCUUCCUCCAAAAUUGAUUUCAAGUGAAGAGGAGGGACCAGCGGGUGAGGGAGAAGAGGAGCAGGAGGAAGAACUUAUGGUUCCUCAGGUCAAAGUGGCAGAAGAUGGCUCACUGAUCAUUGACGAAGAAAGUUUAACGGUGGAAGUCCAGCGGUCCAAAGGUCCCAACACCAUCCAGGACCGAGACCCCAUCUUUGAGCGCGGCUCCACCACCACGUACUCCAGUUUCAGAAAAGGGACCCACACGAAACCUUGGUCCAUUGAAGAGACGGACAUGUUCUACCUGGCCAUCAGCAUGGUAGGAACAGACUUCUCCAUGAUCUGUCAGCUCUUCACUCACAGAGCUCGCUCAGAGAUAAAGAACAAGUUCAAGAGAGAAGAGCGGGCGAAUUCAUGGAGGAUUGACAAAGCCUUCAGAGAGAGGCGUAAACUAGACAUCGAGUACUUUUCGAAGCUGCUGGAAAAAGUGUUGGAAGUCCAGAAAGACAGGAAGAAACUCAAAAAGCUUUCAGAGAACACCUCCAAGAAGUGCAAGAGAAAGCCGAAAAGUAAACACUCUACAAAGAAGCUGAGUGAUGUGGAGGAGGAAGACGAGGAGGAAGGGGGGAGUCCUAUGCCUGAGUUGGAAGGAGAGAAGGAGAACGAGGACCAGAGUAACGAAGGAGAAGCAGCUGCUGUGAAGACCGGGAGAAAACGAAAGAAGAAGAAUCCAGCAGAGGCCUUGAACGAGGAACCGAGCGACAAGAAAAACAAAUCGGGUGAAGCAGGGGUACCUGAAGACUCUGAAGCAUCACUUCCUGGGGAUGUCACCACCUCAGACAUGGUUGAAACCACUGAAAAUGUGAAAACAGUGAAAGAUGCAGCCAUCAAACCAGCCAAGCUCUGCAGAGGCAGAGCACCAAAGCUGCUGAUACCUUUGGGUCUGAAGCGUGGCAAAAAGCCGCUGCCCUCUGCAAAGGCCAAAGACACCGAGGAAGACCAAAGGGAGGAGACAGAGAGGGAAGGAGCUGAGCAGGAGCAGGGAAGAAGUGAAAACGAAGCACAAGAGUGUCAAGAAAAGAAGAGGAAAGACGAUGGGGAUGUCUAUUCUGAGGGAGAGGAGGACUCGGCAGUUAAACCUCAGAAGCCCACGCGUUAUGGCAGAGUUCCCAAACCCAUCCAGCCCUUGAUGUACGCCGCCAAAGACGAUUUGGAUUCGCCUAAAUCUCCUGACGCAUCCAAAGGUCCCGUUAAGAGGGUAAAGACAGUCAAACCUCCACCAGUGCAAAAGUCCAAGAAGCCCAAACUGGUCACGCUUCGGUCGUCCAAGUCGGAGUUUAGUGACGAGGAGAACGAAGACGAGUGGGAGGAGGAGGAGCGUCACCUCGCCUGCAGCUCCAGUCGAGACAGUGACGCCCACGGCUUUGUCCAGAGCAGUCUGCACGCCUCCAGCACGGAGAUCUCAGAGGUGGAUGACACCAUGGUGGAGCUUGAUAUCUUGGACAGUAUGCCCGAUGUGCUGGGCAUCUCCCAAGAUGCAUUGUGUCCUGAUUCAGCCUGUCAGCAGGCACAUUAUGACACAGGCACUUCUGAUCCCUGUGAACACCAGCUGGACCUUCUCGUUGACGUUAUAGACUUCAUUUCCUCGGAACAAACUGAAGUGUCUCAGGAUGAGAGCUACACUGAGGCAGCUCAAACCCUUUUGACUAUUGGUAAUCUGGCUCAUAUUUCUCAGUCGGCACAAAGUGGAGAUACCUUAGAAGAAUGCACUGCAGAAACAUCACUCGGUGUCAGCGAGUUCACAUAUGCGGAAGAGGAGAUGUUGACAGCUUCACCCCAGAAAGGGGUCACUUCUUUGGAGUCUGCAGAUCAGAAAGUCACCGAAAAGCCCCUGGGUGUUGAUUUGGGCAGCGAUAACUCACUCCCUUCUGAGACAAGUGAUCAGAACGUUGAUCAAUUAGGUUGUAAAUCUGGAGAAAAGUCUUCACUUAUCAAAGCUGGUCCGCGUUCUAAGCUAAAACCUAAACCAAAUGUCGGUCGCAGCUCAAGGAGUGCAAAACCGGUAUCUCAAAAUGAGAUGUCAACGGAAGGGGGAGCUGAAAAAAGCGUUUCUCAAGGUCUUGACAAUGAGACUUCAGUUCCUGAUGAAGAAACAACCCCAGGAAUAUCAGCUUCUGCUGCAGCAUUGUUUAAAGAUAACUCCUCCUCCAAGCACGCCUGUGUGGAUCAGGUUGAAGCUGGUCCGAAUUUCCUGAUAACCCAGAGUCAGACUGUUGUGGAAUCCCAGUCUGGGCCUCCUGUGGAGUCUGAGGCUGGUUUACAUAAACCUGUUGAAGCAGUGCCAGAGGUUGAACAACCGUCAAGCACAGAUCAAGAUGGAACCAACAAACCUCAGCUCUCAGCGCCAAACAAUUCCACUCAGAGUCACGCAGAAGACGUCAAAAGUUCGUCUCAGCCCAGAGGUAGACUGUCAAAAGUCAAACCCAAACCAGUCCUGCAGACGUCAAGAAUGGCUAGAUCCAAACGGCAAACCACGGAAGAGAUGGCAGAGAAACAAUUGAUAGAAACUCAAAACAGUGCAGCCAAGACUCCAGCAGAUAAACAGACUACAAGUGAGGAGACUACAAGUUCCAAAGCUCUGUUUCAAGAAGCUCUGAAUGUUACCAAAGUAGUGCCUGAGCUCUGUGUGGAGCAAACCAACAAGGACUCUGAAACCACUGUUGAAGAAACUGUGUCAACUGGCCUAAAAGAGCCAGAAUUACCAGCUCCAAACAAGUCACAUUUGGAUUCAAAAAGAAAAGGAGAUUCUGCUGCCGUAAAUGAUACUGCGGAUGAAGCAACCUCCAGUAGAGGAUCUUGUCAGCCAAGAAAGGCUCGACUGCAAAAGGUUAAACCCAAACCAAAUCUACCACAGGUGUCAAGAGGGGCAAGAUCAAAAGCUCAGAACACAGAGGAUGUCGUCCAGAAAAACGCACCUGUAGAGGUGGAACUGCAAGAAAAGCUGUCUGCAAAUGAGAUGAAGACAAAUGAUGGAGUUAAUGAUCAAGAAGUAUUUGUUAAAAGUCAUACAGAAACGCAGAAUCUCUCCUUCCCGUCCAGUUUGGAGCAGGCGACUGGAAAUACAACUUCUGAUUUGGCAAAAGAAAGUGCAGGAUCUCGUGUUGAAAAUCUGGUUUUAACUGACAUCAAUCUCCAAGUACCAGAACAAGGAAUAAGUACGAAUUUAGUUGAAAGUGUGAAUUCAUCUUCUUUGAAUAAAUCGGUGGAAGAGUUAGCAGCCACAGAAGAACAAAAAUCUGUACCAACAUGUCAGACAAAGAGGAAUCGACUGUCAAAAACCAAGCCAAACCUUCAAACAUCAAGAACUGCAAGAUCUAAACCUCAAACCGCCGAAGAAGCAACACAGAAAUGCCCGCUUCCAGAUGAAAGACUUGAUGUCAGAAAGGAAGUGGAACAAGAACCCAAUCUGUCUGUAGAUAAAGACACACAAAAACAGACUGGAUUUGUUGACAACAAAGCAUUAACUGGUCAGAGGACCAAAGAAAAUCCCAGUGAAAUUCAGCUUGAGCCAUUUAUAGAGCAAACGUUCAAAGAUGCAGGAGCAGCUACAGAAAAUGUCUCAUAUUGUGUUGGACUGGAGUCCACUUUGGAGCCAGGAGAAAGUGGAAAGCCUUCAGCGGCUGUGGAGAAGCUGACAUCUGGUCCAGAAGAGGAACCGAAGGCGACUAGUCAAAUAAAGAGGGGUCGAUUGCAAAAACUUAAACCCAAACCAAACCUAUCAAGAGCAACAAGGUCCAAAUCCUCAAAAGAUUUAGAAGGCAAGGAAUCAAAGUCCACACUAGAUUCCAAAGUCCAUGAAGACACCAUGCCAGUGAUGGAAGCAACCCUGCCUUUGGGCAGUCAACUUGAAACUGUUCUUACUCCAGCAAUACAGCCUCUAACGAUAGACUCUUCUUCAAAUGAGGAGCAAAAAACAUUAGUUAGACUUGAUUCGAUUGAUACCAGUGCAGAAAUAUCAGAUCAGAGCACCACAAAGACCCAAAACGUCUCUGAAGUCCAGCUUGGUACCACCAGAGUCGAAGGAUCCCCAACGGCGUUCUCGGAUAAAAAUCUAAAAUCUGGCAUUGAACCGACUGAUUCUAGAGCUCCAGAAGCACCAAAGCUAGAUCCGGAUCCAAUCCAGGAGCAAACUUCAUCUGUCGUGAGACCUCCAGCCACCAAACACAGUUCUGAAGUUGCAUCUUCUUGUUCACCGGCAAGGAGUAGAUUAUCAAAAAUUAAACCCAAACCCAACUUGACCAUAACCUCAAGAGCUGCAAGAUCGAGAUCUCAGAUCUCCAACGCAUCAGCACAGAGUUCUGAAUCCUGCAAAAAGCUUGAACCACAAAACGGCAGCUUCUUGAGUUCUGCUUUGCAAUCUCAGACUGCGUCAUCUGCAGAGGAGAAACAUCUUGGACAUGCUGAUCGGACGGAAACGGGUCAAAGUGCCUCAAAGAAUCAAAACAUCUGUGAAGUCCUGGUAGAGCCCUGUGAAGACCAAGAAUCAGUGUCUGAGAUAAGAGAGGAAACAUCUCUGGUUGGGAAGUCACCAGAAGUUCAGCAGUUAUCUGUAGAGGCUCAGUCCAAAUUACAGAAAAUUCAACCCAAACCCAAUCUACCUCAUACAUCAAGAACAACCAGAAUUGGACGUCCAACCCAAGAAAAAGAUGCGAGUGAAACUCAAGUUGAUGUUGAGCAGGACUCGAUGGAACUAACAUCAGAUGAGAAAGCUGCAGGAACCCAGAACAUCUCUGCAGUUUCCAGUGAAGAUCAGACCACUGGAAAAAAGGAGGAAGCGUCUUCAUCUUUUGUUGGAGCUCCUGAGGAUGGUUUGAGAAAUGCAACAACUAAAGAGCCAGAAGAUGGAGAGGUGAGGCAGGAGCUUCAUCCCACUGUAUCAGCAAACAAACGUGUCGAUGAAGAAGAUGAAGCUGCAUCUACGCCUCAGUCCAAGAGGAGGCGAUUUCAGACACCUAAACCAAACCUCCCUGUGACAUCAAAAAGCGCUAAAUUUCAACCAAAAGAACCAGUCCAACUCACACAGGCUAUCGAUGAACCGCAGAUCUCCAAAUCUCCUGACAGCUCAAUGACAGAAGUAGAAGCUCAGCCUGGCGUGACGUCUCAUAAAAUCAAAAGUCCAGUUUCAGAGCCCUCAGUCGAAUUAAGCUCCUCUCAUAAAUUUGUAGAGGAAUCGUCAUCCGAGAACCAGACUAAUGUUGUCUCUAGUUCAGAGCAAAAUGUUCCUCAGAGAAGACCAAGGCUUUCCAGAGUCAAACCUAAACCGAAUCUAGCGUCAUCCAGUCGAGCUUCGCUCAGAAAAGUUCAGCAAGAUGACGGUUCUAAAUCCACAAGUUUACCGCCAGAGCAACAACCUCAACGUGGUCUUAAGAUGGAAACAAGAAGAAACAGUAAUAGGGACUUGAAGAAUUCGUCUCAGCCAGCACAAGCUGGUUCUACAUCAAGUUCUAAUGCCAGCUCAGUGUGUGCAGAGGGACGCUCCUCAGAGCAAAGCAUUGGUGCGCCAUUAGAAGCAGCUGAAUCCUUUAGGAUGUCAAAUAAAGCUCCUCAACCUCCCAUGCGAGAACAGACUAACACAGAUUCUGACAUUCAUUCCAAGAAGGCAGAUGCCACUCAAAAAGCUGCGUUCGAUCCCUGCCCUGACAGUCAAUGGCCAGUAGGGGGAGACAUCGACAAACACUCUGAAGAGGCCUCAUCUACACAAAAUACAUCGGCUUUAAAUCCAGAGGGGAUCCACACUUAUCCGCUUCUGAUGGAGAUGCUGCCCGAGCAGGUGCCUUCAGAUCCCGACGAACCGUUCUUCAUCCUCUCUCUGACGGAGAUUCCGGUCUCUUCAUCGGGGGAUGCGGGAACCGGCGCAGCGAAGCAGCUGCCUCAUCUCGCCGUCGCAGACGAUUCCACGCAGCAGUCGUGGGGUUCUGGAGAGAGUUUCACAGCAGCAGGAGAGAAGUCCGUCUCUGAUGUCCCGCUGUGUGUGGAAACAUCUGAAGAAAAUCCUGCAGAAAGUCCAGAAAUUUGUGUUGCCAGAGAGACGGAAGCAGCAGCCGCUGGGAAAAAAGUAGCUGUUUCAACAAGGAGUAGAAGAACUAAAGCUGAAGCUUCCAGCAGCCAAGAAGAAGCUGCUUCUGAGCCACUAAAGCAAAGAGGUAAAGGAAAAAGCCUGAAGAAAUCUGACAGCAGUUUGGGCUCCAAAACGAGUAACAGAGGCGGCCGUCAGACGAGAAAAGCAAAAGAUGUUUCCUGUGAUGCAAAAACGUCGACCAGCGAUCCUCCAGCUGCUAAAGUGACGGCUGCUUCUAAGUCUGCAGCGCCAACCAAACGGCGUUCAGCUUCUGUCGGGUCACAGUCCCGACCGACCUCCGACCACAAGCUCAGGAGCUCAACGCCCAGCUCCACCCUCCGCUCCGCCCGGGAAAGCUGCGUUGAGAUCAACUCUUCAGAGGAGGAGCCCACCAACGUGUCGCAGUACUUCCUAAGUGACAUUUUCACAGAAGUGAAUGAAUGAUGAACUCCAGUUUAAGAAGCUCCUGUCUUAAUGCAGAGAUAAAGACAAAAAAAGCAUUUAUUAUUCUCUGUUGUGAUGUUCUUACAGUCCGGUACAUUUUUCUCCCACACGUAUUGCAGUUUGAGUGCUUUGUAGAACUGCCUUUAGAGGAUCAAAGUUUGAAAAUCUUUCUUUUCAGCUCCAGAUUUUACUGUGAACAUGUAAAUACGAUGUACCUUUCAUUUUGUACUUCUUUAUAAAGUGUGUACAGUUUUAUAUAGCAUUAUUUUAUUUAGUAAAACAAACUCCAUCAAAGGUGAACCUGUAGAUGUUUCCAGAAAAGUUUUGUGGUUCACAAUAAAUUAUGACGCAGUCACAUUUGCCUCUUCUGACACUUUCA